AUGGCAAACAGGAAAUGCCAAAGCACCACAGUGGCCAUGCUGGAUCACCGUACAAGAGCCUGCCCUUCUUCUCCCCAUGGCCAAGCAACUGAGAAGGCCAAAAGUACUUUGCCCGAGGAAGACUAUGGGGAGAAGGUGAUGGAUGCGGUAUCAGUCGGUCCAGGUAGCUUUCCCCCGGUAGACUCCGAGCAUAUUGAUAACAGCGGAGAUGGGGACUCUAGUUCAGAUUAUGUCAACAACACUUCGGAGGAGGAGGAUUACGACGAAGGACUUCCAGAGGAAGAGGAAGGAAUCACCUACUACAUUCGAUAUUGUCCGGAGGAUGAUAGUUACCUGGAAGGAAUGGAUUGCAACGGAGAAGAAUACGUCCCCCAAGAAGUGCAUCACGUAGAGACGGACGAGUGCCAGGAAGCUAUUGAGGAAGGAGAAUGGGUGGAGACCAAAAUUCAGCACCAGGACAACGUGGCCGAAGCCGUGGGCUACCACGAAGGCUGCAUCCAGAUUCUGGAAAGCGAGGUGGCCUGUUUAGAAAUCCAGGACCAAGACGAGAGCCUGCGGUAUUGCCAUCCCGGCGAAGGGAGCUACUACUCCCCGGAAGCCAACGGCAACUCCCGCCGGAUGUCCCCUUACCGCGGCAGGAACGAAGGGAGAGAUUUGGAAGAGCAGGAAGAAGACAUCGACCAGAUUGUGGCGGAGAUCAAGAUGAGCAUGAGUAUGAACAGUAUCAACAGCGCAUCGGAAAUGAGCCCGGAGCACGAAGGCACUGAAAACGUGCCCAAUGACUAUGCAGAGACGUGUCCCAAGGGAGAGCCCGGCCACGCGGCCAGUCGGCACCUGGGGCGGCCCAAGUCCUUGAACAUCCCUCCAGCCUCCAAGCAACUUGGAGAUGCCCCAAGAGGCUUCAAGACCAAGUCCAGGACUCCAGAGGACAGGCAGGCCUGGCCACAAGAACAGUGCGCCUGGCAACUGUCACAAAUCAUUGCCUCUUCUCCGCUUUUAGUUCCAGGUCCUUGCGAGCCCGAGGACCUCAUCGAUGGCAUCAUCUUCGCAGCCAAUUACUUGGGUUCUACCCAAUUGCUCUCCGAACGCAACCCUUCCAAAAACAUCCGGAUGAUGCAAGCCCAGGAGGCAGUGAGUCGUGUCAAGAGGAUGCAAAAGGCAGCUAAAAUCAAGAAAAAAGCGACUUCUGAAGGAGAUGUCCAUGCUUUGACAGAGGUGGACCUGUUCAUCUCCACCCAGAGAAUUAAAGUUCUUAAUGCAGACACCCAGGAAACCAUGAUGGACCAUGCGCUGCGCACCAUCUCUUACAUUGCUGACAUUGGCAACAUCGUGGUGCUGAUGGCUCGCCGUCGAAUGCCUCGGUCAGCAUCCCAGGAUUGCAUCGAGACGACCCCCGGAGUGCAAGAAGGGAAGAAACAGUAUAAGAUGAUCUGCCACGUUUUUGAAUCUGAGGAUGCCCAGCUGAUCGCUCAAUCAAUCGGACAAGCUUUCAGCGUGGCCUAUCAGGAAUUUCUCCGGGCCAACGGCAUCAACCCCGAAGAUCUGAGUCAGAAAGAAUACAGCGACAUCAUCAACACCCAGGAAAUGUAUAAUGAUGACUUGAUUCACUUCUCCAACUCAGAGAACUGCAAAGAGCUGCAGAUUGCCAAACACAAGGGGGAGAUCCUUGGUGUGGUGGUCGUGGAGUCUGGCUGGGGGUCCAUUUUGCCCACGGUCAUCCUGGCUAAUAUGAUGAAUGGAGGGCCGGCAGCUCGUUCUGGAAAGCUCAGCAUCGGAGACCAGAUUAUGUCCAUUAAUGGGACCAGUUUAGUUGGCCUUCCUUUAGCAACCUGCCAAGGAAUCAUUAAGGGUCUUAAGAAUCAGACACAAGUGAAAUUGAACAUUGUCAGUUGCCCUCCGGUCACCACUGUCCUAAUCAAGCGCCCGGAUCUGAAAUACCAGCUGGGUUUCAGUGUACAGAAUGGAAUUAUCUGCAGCUUGAUGCGAGGUGGGAUUGCAGAGAGAGGCGGGGUCCGGGUAGGGCAUCGCAUUAUCGAGAUCAACGGUCAAAGUGUCGUCGCUACAGCUCAUGAGAAGAUUGUCCAAGCCUUGUCCAACUCCGUAGGAGAGAUCCACAUGAAGACAAUGCCUGCUGCCAUGUUCCGGCUGCUCACCGGUCAAGAAACUCCACUCUACAUCUAAAAGAGAAACUCAGCUGCUCCUCCAGCAAACCAUAUCCUGCUGCCUAAGCUUAAACUUCCAGAGAAAUGUUGUAUUUUGUAGGAAACGGGCACGAUUUGAACCCAAGACUGGAUAUGCUGGACACUCCAUGGAUCCAGUUCCUUUGCCUUUUUUUCUGUUGGGUUUGUUUCUUAGUUGACCCCUCUCUCCUUUGAAAACCUUGCCAAAAGAGGAUGGCAAAUAACCACAGAAACCAUCUUUCCAGCCACAUGAUCGACAAUCUCCGUCUUCAUGACUCAGGAUGAAGUCCACCACAAAGCUGAUCAAGUCCCAUGGCUGUUUGAACCUUCUGGCUGCAGAGAGACACUUGCUACGUACUUCUAAUACUUUACUCUAAGGUGAUUCCAGCAUGUCCAUU